CUUUGAGGGUCUAUAAAAUGGGAUUGGAUUAGCAUGUUUUUUCAUCACAAAACAAGAUUACCAUUAAUCACAAGCUAUCUUUGUCAAUCAGAUGGCUACUGCAAAAUUUUCAGUACUGCUGUUACUUCUGGCAUUUUUGAUUUGCAUGGCUGAUGGGCAGGGAUUGAAAGUAGGGUUUUACAAGAAAACAUGUCCUAAAGUGGAGACCAUAGUGAAGAAGACGAUGGAUAAAGUCAUGGCGGUUGCUCCUUCUCUCGGAGGCCCUCUGCUAAGAAUGCAUUUUCACGAUUGCUUUGUCAGGGGCUGUGAUGGUUCAAUACUGCUAAACUCGACGCAGAAUAGUCAAGCUGAGAAGGAUUCAUUUCCCAAUCUAAGCCUUAGAGGGUAUCAGAUCAUCGACAGAGCUAAGUCAGCUGUCGAAAAAGCAUGUCCUGGUGUUGUUUCUUGUGCUGAUAUAGUCGCCUUAGUGGCUCGGGAUGCAACUGUAGCGUUGAAAGGUCCAUCAUGGAAAGUAGAAACAGGGCGGAGAGACGGAAGAGUGUCCAUAUCUACUGAAGCUUUAACAAAUUUACCAAGUCCGUUUUCCAAUAUAACUACGUUGAUACAAGGCUGGCAACAAAAAGGCCUCAGUCGAAAAGAUCUUGUCGUGUUAUCAGGUGGUCACACAAUUGGAACUUCACACUGCGGUGCAUUCACCAACCGUCUUUACAAUUUCACAGGCAAGGGCGACACGGAUCCGAGUUUGGAUUCUAACUACAUUGUCAACUUGAAGAAAAAAUGCAAGCCUAAUGAUCAGACCACACUGGUACAGAUGGAUCCUGGAAGUUUCAAGACAUUUGAUAAAAACUAUUAUACCUUGGUUGCGAAGAGAAGGGGGCUUUUUCAAUCCGACAGUGCCCUGCUUAAUGACUCCAAGACGAGGAUUUAUGUUAAGCAUCAAGCUGAGCACUUCAAGUCAAGUUUCUUCAAGGACUUUGGUGUUUCCAUGGUUAAAAUGGGAAGGGUUGGAGUGCUUACAGGAAGUGCUGGUGAAAUAAGGAAAGUCUGCUCCAGAAUUAACUAAUGUGAUUAUUAGUACAUUAAGAUUUAAGUGAAAAUUCUCAUUUUACUGUAAAUUCGAUUAUUCAUGCAUCUCCGCUGAAUCUUCCCUUUGUUUUUUUUAUGAUAAUGUAUAUUUACCCUUUUUUUUAAUGCUAAUUAUCUCAUCGCAAUCAAUUUAAAUUUUAA